AUGUCGCCUUCUCACAAGCCAGACGCAAGGCACGGCCAGACCAGCACAGAACGCCUCUCGUCUUUGACACAAUCGAGAGAGCUGGGAGAGUCGAUACAAGAGGCGCGAGAAGACCCACAAGAGAAGCCAGUAGUAGCCCCAUCAUUCGCAAGAUCAUGGCAUCAUCUCGUCGCAGGAGCCGUCGGUGGCAUGACAGCCGCGACCCUCACCGCGCCGCUCGACGUCCUCAAAACACGCCUCCAAUCCGACUUCUACCAAGCACAGCUGCGCGCCUCCCGCGCCGCCCAUGCACACGUCCACAUGAACCCCCUGCGCGCGUCCGUCUUCCAUCUCACAGAGACUCUGCAGAUCCUCGGCGCUGUCCGGAAGCAGGAGGGCUGGCGGGCACUCUUCAAGGGUCUGGGCCCCAACCUGGUCGGCGUGAUCCCUGCGCGGUCCAUCAACUUCUACGUCUACGGCAACGGCAAGCUGUUGAUAUCAGACUACCUGAACGGCGGUCGUGAGGCCGCCUGGGUGCACCUGAGCGCGGGCAUGGCGGCCGGCAUCGCCACGAGCACGGCCACGAACCCGAUCUGGCUCGUCAAGACCAGGCUUCAGUUGGACAAGAACGUCGCCGAGCGCGCCGGCCUCGCCGCCGCCAGGCAGUACAAGAACAGCCUGGACUGUAUACGACAGGUGUUCCGGGACGAGGGACUUCGGGGCUUCUUCAAGGGUAUGAGCGCGAGCUACCUGGGCGCGUCCGAGUCCACCCUGCAAUGGGUGCUGUACGAGCAGAUGAAAAAGUCGCUGCGGCACAGAGAAGAACGCAUAGCGGCGAGCGGCCGGGCCAAGACGUGGUGGGACACCACUGUUGACCACACGGGCAAGGCUGGCGCGGCCGGCGGCGCAAAGCUGAUCGCCGCCAUCCUGGCCUACCCGCAUGAGGUCGCGAGGACAAGGCUACGACAGGCGCCUCUGGCCGAUGGGCGUCUGAAAUACACAGGCCUGGUCCAGUGUUUUAAGCUUGUGUGGAAGGAGGAGGGCCUGGUCGGCCUGUACGGCGGACUCACGCCUCACCUGCUGCGGACAGUGCCCAGUGCUGCCAUCAUGUUUGGUAUGUACGAGGUCAUACUUCGACUCUUUGACACUCCGUCGUGA